ACACGUGAAGCCACAAGAAGGAAGCUGAUGCUUAUAGAGGGACGACCCUGACUGAGCCUCUCAGUUACUCUGCAGUUGGGACGGGGCUAUCAACUGGAGCAGAGGGGAAACCGGUGACAGACGAAGAUUCAUUUCACUGACUUAAUUCUUCACACAUCAUCAUCAGCAGCUUAGCAGCUCACAUCAAGACGAUGGGAGACUUUGACCUGUCUCAAGUUCUGGACAGCCCACUUGACUGUGAUAAAGGAUGUGAAGCCAGCUGCUUUGACAUGGCGGACGUUAAAGAUGAGCUCAUCGAACUCAACGAGGGACUGGAGAUGGUGGUUUCCUGCAACCGCAGGACCAUGAAGGCUGUGGCCAGGCUGGUGAUGGCGGUGAAGAGGAUGAACAAGUCCCUAGAUUGCGGCAGGCAGAACCUCAGUGAUGAGGAGCUCUGCAGUGUGAUCAUGGACAGCCUGGUGGAAGAAACUAUUUUCAGCAGGGUGGAGAAACCGUGCAGAGGAGAGAGAACCUUCACCUUCGUUCGUGUCAACAGCACGAGGGAGAUCAGGCUGUGUGACAGCUCAAAGAAAGACAUUGUCUGUGCAUUCGGAGAGUUACAGCUGCAGGCCAUCACUCUAAAGGGAGGAAACCAUGAAAGCAAAGUAGGUGCUACUGUAACAUUAAGUAAGAACAACAAAGUCACCAGCCCUGGUGGCGAUGGUCAGCCCGUCGCCUUGUCAGUCAACAAUAACCUGCACAUUUCCUGUUCUAUGAAAGACGGCAGAGCUGUGCUGAAUCUGGAGGAAUGCAGUGCGGACGGUUUAAUGUGCAUCAGCAACGACGGAAACAUGGACCGCUUUCUGUUCUUCAGGAGAACCACAGGAAAGUCUCUGCACACGUUCGAGUCCGCGAAGUGCCCCGGCUGGUUCAUCAGCACGUCCUCCGAGGAGGAAAGCCAGCCUGUGGACAUGUGCACAGUGGACACCCGCUGCCGCAUCACCUCCUUCAACCUCACAUAGAACAUUUUGCUCCGUUUGGUUCAUGGGACCAUGCAAAGUUUGAAUGUGAUCAAAAUUAUGUUAAAACAUGUAAAGAUGUUUUUUACUUCAGUCUACAUGACUGGAUAGUGUCGUCACUGCAGGGUGGUACUGCUGUAAACUAGUAACACACAGCAGUUCACCCAAAACCUUUUACGUAGUACAAUCUUAAA